AUGGAGCAGCUGGCGCGGCGCGCGGGCGUGACCUCCGUCACGCCGUUCUCCAUUGCCGACAUCCUGAUGAGCCGGCAGCGCGGCCAGGCGCGUGCGCAGGAGCACGCCCUCGACAUGACGCGCAAGCCGGCCGCCGCCGCCGCCUCCCGCCUCAUUGUAGAUGGCUGCGACUCGGACACGAGCGGCUGCAGGGAGGACUCGGGCUCGCCGUCUCCGUCGCCGCCGCUGCUGUUCGGGUCGCCGCCGGCGACGCCUGCGGGCCUGCUACCCCCGCACCAGUCUUCCGCAGCGGCGGCGGCUGCAGCUGCGGCGGCAGCGGCCCUGUCGCCCUCCUCCGGACUGCCGCAGCAGCAGCACCAGCAGCAGCAGCGCAAGAAGAGGUCCAGGGCGGCCUUCUCGCACGCGCAGGUGUACGAGCUGGAGCGCCGAUUCAACCAGCAGCGUUACCUUUCCGGCCCAGAACGAGCUGACCUGGCGCACGCGCUCAAGCUGACCGAGACCCAGGUGAAGAUCUGGUUCCAGAACCGGCGGUACAAGACGAAGCGCAAACAGUUGCAGCUGCAGGAGCAGCACCACCACCAACAGCAGCAGCAGCACCAGCAGCUGCAGGCCACCUCCGUGUCCUCCGCAGCCGCAGCUGCAGCCGCCGCAGCCGCGGCUGCCAAGAGAGUAGCGGUGAAGGUGCUGGUGAGGGACGACCAGCCCGUCAGCCCGGCAGCCGCCGCCGCCGCUGCAGCUGGCAAGGCCCUGUCGCUGUACCCCCCUCCACCGCCGCAGCUGCCGCCGCUGCCCUUCCCCUAUUACUACUACCACCCACUGUUGUGUCAGCCAGCACCAAGUGUCGUGCCGGCUCACCCCAGCUUGUCGCCGCCUAGUGGUGCCUCUAGUCCGCGUUGA